AUGCAAGACUUCAAGCAACUUGUUCCGCUUGCCGUUGCGAUCUUCCUUCUGGUCAUUUAUGUUACAGUGUUGCUAGUGCGCUUUGAGGACACGCUGUUGGCUCCACCCACCCAGCGGGUGAUGAGAGACAUCGCAGUCGUGCGACUUCCUCGAUUGUUUUUCUGUCCGGCAGAUCGGUACCGCCAGGCUGGCGUCAUUUGGAAUUCCUACGAAUGUUCUCUGUCAUACAAGAUGGAGGUGGCCCAAUGCGACGCUCGACUGCAGCAUUUCGGUGGCGAGGAGCCGCAGGAUUUCCGGCAUGGCAAGAAUUGGUCCGAUUCUUGCCUGGAGUUUCAGACGCACAGAAUAGGCGUGAAACAGGAGUGGAACGCGGCUUGGAACGAGAUUUCUCUGAAAGCUGCUUUCUUGCAGCCGAAUCACGUCAUGGGCGAAACAGACAUGAUCCAGGAGGUGGAGCUUGGAUAUUUGCCUCGAGAGUGGGAGGCCGAGUCCGUUACGGAUCGGUGUGGAAAUGCGAAAGUCGUUCCAAACCAAGUGCACACACUCCUCAGUUGA